GAUGCAUGGACACACUGCUGCUGUUAGAUCUGUGAGAAACACACACACACAAACGCACACACACUCACACGCCCUGCGAGGGUGAGAAACAUCGUGUUAAGGAGGAAAUGAGUUUGUCAUGAAGAAAUGAACAGGAAGAUGUGUGUCACACAGACGAGCAGCAGCAGGAUGGAGACGCUCGGCUUGAUUCUCUUCAUGUGGGCGUCUCUCUCAGAGUCCUUCAACAUCGACACUGAACAACCACUGAUAUUUAACGGCACACCGGAAGAUUUCUUUGGUUACAGCGUUUAUCAGACUGAGUUUGGAAACAGGAAGCAGAUCAUUGUUGGAGCUCCAUUAGAAGGAAACUCAACAGGGGAGAUGUACAGCUGCACAGCAGAUCUACAGUCCUGCACACGACUGCAGCGGCCAGGUGUGACAGGUUCAGAGAGCAUCCUCUUCUUCGGCAUGUCUGCUGCGGUGUCUUCUGAUGCUCUCACUAGCUGCAGUCCGUAUGUUCCUCAUGAGUGUGAUGGAAACUCGUAUCUGAACGGUGUUUGCUAUCAGUUCAACAGCAGCUUACAGACCGUCUCUAACUUCACCGCUGCUUACCAAGAAUGCACCAAGAGAGAAGUCAAUCUGGUGUUUCUCUUUGAUGGAUCCAGCAGCAUGAAAGCACACGAGUUUGACAUGAACAAAAAAUUCAUUAAAGAUGUUAUGAAAAAACUUUCAAACUCAUCCAUAAAGUUUGCUGCUGUCCAGUUUUCAGGAGAUGUACGAACUGUGUUUGACUUCAACAAUUAUCAGGAUGGCUCCGCUGAAGAGAAACUCAUGAAGGAGAUACACAUGAAAUCUCUCACAAACACAUAUAAAGCAAUCAACUACGUUCUAAAGAAUCUGCUGAAUAGAGUGUCGUCUGGAGCCGAUCCCAACGCUCAGAAAGCUCUGGUGAUCAUCACAGAUGGAGACCCCAGUGAUAACGAUGAUGAUAAUGUCCUCAAGAAAUGUGAUGAGCAGAAUAUCCUCCGUUACAUCAUCGGGGUUGGAAACGUUGAAUUAACUGGACUCACUCAGCUGGCAUCAGAACCAAAACAGAACAACACCUUCUACAUUAAAGACUACAGUGGACUCGAAGGACUUCUUGACAACCUGCAAAAAAAGAUCUACAAUAUUGAAGGGUCAAAGGAUGCUCAAGGCAGAGACAGACAGAAAGAGUUAUCACAGAGUGGAUUCAGUGUCGUCUACCAGCAGGACUCUGUGAUCGUGGGUUCGGUCGGAGUGAAUGACUGGUGUGGAGCUCUGUAUGAAGUGACGGGAUCAGGAUCUGAAUUCAGACAGACAGAGAUCAUUGAUCCGGCUGUAAAUAAAGACUCGUACAUGGGUUACUCUACUGUGCUGGGAAUGAGACGCGGCGUCUCUCUUCUGUUCUCUGGAGCACCACGGGCCGAACACAGGGGUCUGGUGACCCUCUUCACCAAGACUGAAAGCACAUGGACAGUGACGAGCAACAUCAACGGAGAACAAAUUGGCUCAUAUUUCGGAGCGUCUCUGAGUGUGUUGGAUGUGGACUCUGAUGGAGACUCAGAUUUCCUGCUGGUCGGAGCUCCAUUAUUUUACCAGUCUCAGCCGAAGGCUGAAGGGAGGCUGUACGUCUACACUUUAUCAGAACAGAACUAUUUUCAGAAGACACUGAAUGUGAGCCAGUCAAGCACAGGUAGAUUUGCUGCAUCCGUGGCUUCACUAAAGGACCUGAAUGGAGACAGUCUGUCAGAUGUGGCAGUCGGGGCACCGCUGGAGGAUGAAGGAGUCGUCUACAUCUACCUGGGUGAUGGGACACAUGGCAUAAACCCUGAAUACAUUCCUCAGCGGAUCCCAGCGCGGUCAGUUCUGCCUGGUCUGCAGCAGUUUGGACUAUCUCUGUUUGGUCAGAUGGACAUGAACAAUGAUAAUCUUACAGAUGUCAUGAUUGGAGCACAAGGAGGGAUCGUCCUGCUCAAGGCUCGGCCUGUGAUGUCUGUAUCUACAGAGCUCAGUUUCAGUCCAAAGGAAAUCAGUCUGAACUACUUUGAAUGUCCAGAUGUAAACACAUUUAAUGCAUUUAAUCUCACGUCAUGUUUCACGGUGACCGAGAGAACCAGCAGCACAGGAUCUCUGGAGAAGAAGAUGAAUGUUUCUCUGAAUCUGAAUGUGGAUGUGGUACGAGGAAUGAGUCGAGGAUUCUUCGAUCAGAGCAAUGUGUCGUCCAGGACUCUGCAGCAGUUUAUCCUGCUGGAUUCUGGGUCCUCCUGUUUUAACUUCUCCAUCUUCAUGCUGCGCUGUGUUGCAGACACAGUAUCUCCUCUGAAGAUACGAAUGAAUUUCUCACAAACUGAGAUGUUGUCUGGAAACUCUGUGGCUGUUCUUGACGUUCACAGCAGGACGGAGAAGUAUGUCGAGGUGCCGUUUCAAAGGAACUGUGAUUCAAACAACAGCUGUGUGGCCGAUCUGAAGCUGAACGUCAGUUUUACGAACGACACAUUAGUGAUGGUGAAUCAAGCUCAUUUCACGGUCCUCAUUUCGCUGUCAAACCCAGGCGAUGACUCCUUCAACACCAGCAUAGUGCUGCAUUACCCAGAAGGCCUCUCGCUCGCUAAAUUUGAUGCUAUUAAGAGUCGGACUCGAAGCAGCUGUGGUGAUCGGGACAGUGGGGCUACGAACAGAACAACCUGCGGCAUUAAUCUACCAGUGUACCGCAGCGGCACCACAACUCAGUUUCUGGCAACUUUCCGUGUGAUGAAAUGGGAACACGACUGGUCUGACAGGAUGGAGAUGAUGAUCACUGCGUACAGUGAUAACAAUGGUAACAUGAGUGAUCCGGUGGUGAGGAAGAGCGUCCCGGUGCAGUUCUCCGUUGAUCUGGCGAUCAGUCUAGUGGCUGGAGAGUCUGUGACGUAUCUGAACUUCUCUCUGGAGGACAGAGGUCCAAAACCUCUCAACAUCAACUUCAGGGUGGAGAGUUCAGAAUUUAAAGGUCUGAACGUGUCGGUCACGCUUAUCCUGCUCUGUCAGACGACACAUGUGAUUUUAAGACCUCACAACUUCAGCAUGCAUGAGAACUCGCUGCAGUGCAACUUCAAGACAGAACGACAGGACGGUCACUACAGGGAGUUUGAGUGUCCUCAGUUUUAUCUGAAGGAAUUUUCAUCAGUUCACUUCAACCUGACAGCAGACGCAAAACUCCAGAACGUGAAGGAAUACGAGAGCAAAUCUUCCUUCUACGAGUUCAGGAGGGAUUCUGUGUUCAACAUCACUGCUGAGCUCCACUACAACACAAGCCGCUACAAGCAGAAAUCUACCGGACUGGAGCAAUACAAUCUCCACAGAUCCCAGACUGCAGUGAAGGUGGAGUUUGUCGUUCCUCCCAGUCGAUCGCUGAUUGUUGGCACUGGUGUAGUGGGCGGGUUUAUCUUCCUCAUUAUCAUAUUAGUCCUUCUGGUGAAGUGUGGGUUUUUUAAACGAAAUCGCCCUGAAGAGUUCGGUCAAGAGGAUGAAAAUGUAACUGCGGCUGAAGACUCUCCUCUGAUGAACGUGAAUACUAAAGAAAACGGAGUCGGUGAGAACGACAGCACAGAGAAAGAGAAUGGAGUGAAGGAGACGAGUUCCAGUCCUGAUCCUCCAAACACAGACCAAUAAAAUAUUACUUUAUUACACAACAACAAAAGUAAAGAUGUUUGCUUUGAUAGAGCUGAAAAUGGUCUUCUAAUGGUCUAGUUGCAUAAAGAUAUGAUAUUAACGUUCAGUAUGUUUAGCUCAAUGAUAUGGAGCAUUUUUAUAAUAACUCCGUUUCAUUCUGAUAUUCACUUAUACACUGUAAAAAGUGUUUCCCUAUAUUUAUUCAGUAAAAUUGUGUCAACAUUUUACAAGCAAUAUUAUUAAUUAAAUUUAAAACAUUUUAAUUAAGUAGAAAUAAUCAUUAAAAAUGAGUAGAAUAACAUGAAAAAAUUAAGUAAAAUUUACAUAAAAAUAUUGAUUUCAUUGGACAAAAAUCAAACAAACAAAAAAACACUAUGCUAAAGAAUACUAUGUUAUGCAUGCCAGGCCAGUAGUUGGCGAUCAUGAAACAUUAUAUGCAUGAACAUGACAUCAGCAUUUUUACAAAUUCACAUUUUUGUUGCUUACAUAGAUAUGAUACAGGCAUCAUGUUCAAAAGGCUGUCUUAAGGCCCCCAAAACAGAGUUAUUGAAGACACCUAAAGUUCACAAACAGAAUCAAAGGGUAAAUUAUUGGUUACCAUUAUAGUGGUCAGUGUUUGCUUUAGUUGUGUUCUUGACCCUUGAUGUUUUAAUAUUACAUUUUGCAUUGCUGUUGUAACUCAGUUAUAACAGCUAGACAAACAAAGAAUAAAGAUGAUCAGGUAGUGUUGGUCAUGCUAUUACAUAAUCUUUGUUCUUCCUGAAUAUCUGAACUCAUUCAGAGUCUGAUCUCAGAGACAAAAUAACAUUCAUUAUGGCAGCCCUGUGAUUCAGCAAAAAAAGUGGAAUUUUCAGUGUAAACCAGAGUUUGAGAAUUGUGUUUAAAACAGAGAAAGGGGAACUUUCUUUUGACACACAGUCACAUCAAGAACCAGCGUAUGAAUCUCAAGAAUGGUGACAAACAGCAUAUUCAGACCAACUGUAAGAAUCACAAAACAAAGUACUAUAGAAUUGUUGCUCAUUAUUUAUUCAUGCCGCAAAGCAUGAUGGGAGCCAUAAAAUUUUUAACAAGGUUUUGAUCAGAGGUGCUUCUAAGAAUUUCUCUGAUAAUGCUGAAAACACCAGAGCUUAUAUUGUUCAAUCACAGGACACAUGCUAUUGAUAAAACACACCCAACUCAGACCAAAUGAUGAUGUAAAAACAAAUAACAACAUCUGGUCGCAUUUCUUUCUUGGCUUAUCUAGCUGCUGUAUCACAACUAGCAACCAAAACAAAUCUGUUUUAACUUUUAAGGGUCAAGAGUCCAACUAAAGCAAACACUGACCACUACAAUGGUAAGCAAAUUAUUUUUUUUGUUUGUUUGAUUUUUGUCCAAUGAAAUCAAUAUUUUUAUGUAAAUUUUACUUAAUUUUUUCAUGUUAUUCUACUCAUUUUUAAUGAUUAUUUCUACUUAAUUAAAAUGUGUUAAAUUUAAUUAAUAAUAUUGCUUGUAAAUUUUUGACACAAUUUUACUGAAUAAAUAUAUGGAAACACUUUUUACAGUGAUGGACCUUUGUCUAUAAGAAAACGUAUUGUAUUAUUGUUUUUAUUGAUUUUAACUAGAAGUAUGUUAUUUUUUAUUUUAUUUUUUAAUCUUAAAGAAAGUCUUCUAUAAGUAACCCUCACACCAAAUAUUGGUAAAGAAAUUAAUCAAACAUUAUAAAUAAAUCAGUUAACUGAAUGAGAUGAGUUAUUGUUUUAUUAUUAUAACUGAGUGAGUUAUUGUUUAUUGUUAAGCUGAUGUUUUAUGGCACUAUCUAUACAAAUGAAAAAUCAACAGACAACAAAAAAAAAUGUAAUUUUACAAUAUAUUUUACAACAAUA